CUUUUUGUGUCAGGAAAUGACUGCCCUGCGCGGGCAGGUGGGUGGGGAGAUCAGCGUGGAGAUGGACGCUGCUCCUGGCAUUGACCUCACCAAGAUCCUGGCGGAGAUGCGGGAGCAGUACGAGAGCCUGGCGGAGAAGAACCGCAGGGACGCCGAGCAGUGGUUCUUUAGCAAGACGGAAGAGCUGAACCGGGAGGUGGCCAUCAACACGGAGCAGCUGCAGAGCGGCAAGACGGAGAUCACGGAGCUGCGGCGCACGAUCCAGAGCCUGGAGAUCGACCUGCAGUCGCAGCUCAGCACGGUACGAGGGCCGGGCUGGCGGCGGGGCCGCUCCGCUCCUGUGGGCCGGCCGCGGGUCCCGGGCAGGCGCCCCCGGGCUCGGGCUGAGGCUGGGCAAGGAGCGUCCCGCUGUGUCCGCUCUCGGCUGCUGCCUCUGCUGAGCCUCGUUGGGAAGGCGGCUGCAAAAUAA